AUGGCAACACUUCUCUAUAUUCAUAUUAUAUUCUGCCAAAUUAUCAAUUUUACCAUUCUUUAUGAAAAAUUCGACAAAACAUCUUCACCCAAAUUAACACAAUUCGUGAUUUCAAAAAUAUUAGACGAGUACAAUGCUAUUUAUUCGCCGUUGGGAAUAGAAAUGAGACUGGAUUCAAUCUUAUCGUACAAUGACUAUUCAUUACUACCCGAAUACAAAGCAUUCACUAAUCUUGUUGGAAAUGAUGAUGUGAAAAAUAAAGCGACUGCACUCGAAAGCAUCGAUAAUAAUCUGAUAGUUUUAUUUUCGGCUAUGAAAAAGGCUGAAAGUAGCAGCGCUAACCGGCUAAGCUUUUGUAAGGGUCGAUACUUUGUAAACCUCAAUGAUGCUAAUGUUUUUGAGGACAUUCUCAAUUCUUCACUGAGAGCAAUUAGGGAAUGGAUAGGUGCAGUAUUAAAGCUUAAGAUUCCAGAAUUCCAUGAGCUCGAAAAUUUUAAGUUGAAAGAUGAUGUAAACGAUCAGACAUUAAAUGAUGCAUUUGAAUGCUAUGACAAAGGCUUUGAUGAGAGCUAUGCCAGAAAAACAAAAACGUCAGUUAGAGAUUACCAUGUAAGUCGAAGAAAUCAGAAUGUUAGAAUGUUAGAUCAAAAUAAACGAUUUCAACAAAUGAGAAACAAAGUGCAUGUCUCUUCCAGCGGCAAAUUUGGAGGUCUGUUUUCAGUCCGAGAGCUACACAAAAGCGCGAAUGAUAGCAGCAACCAUUCCCCUUUAAAAACACUUGAUACAUCAAGUAAAGAUGAGAACCUUCCCAAAAGAUUUACUUUUCCAAGUGAGUCCACAAUCUUAACAGACUAG